AUGGCCGACUAUGUUAUGACCAUAGACUCGGACACUGAAGAUCCCCCUUCCCUUAAAAUCUCAAAAGAGACGCUAGACGAUGCCCUUAAUCCCGACUUCGUAUUCGAUGCUGGUGCAGACUAUGAAGACAUCUUCGAUGGUGCAAACAUUGUCAAUGACCUGGUAAAGGCGGGUAGCAAAGCGGCCCCUAUAUCCGUAGAUGAGAUCAUUGCCAGACGGCGCUUGUCACUGAAGCGGAAACGAGCUGCAAACGCAGAAAGCGACGAGUCCGAAUCUGAAUCUGAAGGCGACGACGACGAAGAAGAAGGACAUGAAGAAGAGUCUGACGAUGACCCUUUGGCUAGCUCUGAGGAAGAGGACUCUGAAGGUGACGAGGACGAGAACGAAGAAACCGCAGACGAGGAUGAUCUCUCGGAAGGAGGCAGCUCGAGUUCAGAGGAGGAAGAGGAAGAAACAGAGGCAGACAGGUCGCGGAAGGCAGCUUUCUUUGCCGAAGAAGACGGUGGUUCAACAACUUGCGAUACCUUUCUUCAGAUGAAUCUCUCGAGACCCAUUCUCAAGGCUAUCUCGUCCCUCGGCUUCACAAAACCAACACCCAUCCAGGCUUCGACUAUCCCAGUUGCUCUCCUCGGGAAGGAUAUCGUAGGAAAUGCUGUGACUGGUUCUGGAAAAACGGCGGCCUUUAUGAUUCCUAUGCUCGAGCGUCUGCUGUAUCGAGAAAAAGGAAAGAGGGCCGCUGCUACAAGGUGUUUGAUUCUUCUACCUACUCGAGAAUUGGCUGUCCAAUGUUACGAGGUCGGAAAAAGGUUAGGGGCGCACACGGACAUCCAGUUCUGCCUUCUCGUCGGCGGUCUCUCGCUGAAGGCUCAAGAAGCCGCACUUCGCCAAAGACCAGACGUUGUUCUCGCCACUCCCGGUCGUCUGAUCGACCACGUCCGCAAUUCUGUCGGCUUCAACUUGGAUUCGUUGGAUAUCCUCGUUCUUGACGAGGCAGACCGAAUGCUCUCUGAAGGCUUUGCAGAUGAAUUGACAGAAAUCAUCAAAGCCUGCCCCAAAUCCCGACAAACCAUGUUGUUCUCUGCCACCAUGACCGACUCUGUCGACGAACUGAUCAAAAUGUCGUUGAACAAACCCGUCCGACUAUUCGUGGAUCCGAAGCGCUCGACAGCCCGCGGCCUCAUCCAAGAAUUCGUUCGUAUCCGGAAAGAGAGCGACCGUCCUGCCAUGCUUGUCGCGUUAUGCAAGCAAACGUACAAGCACAAAGUCAUCAUUUUCGUGCGUAGCAAGAAACUCGCCCACCAAAUGCGCAUCGUCUUUAGUUUGUUGGGAAUGAAAUGCGCUGAAUUGCAUGGCGAUUUAAGCCAAGAACAGCGUCUACAAGCACUGCAGUCCUUCAGAGAGGGUUCGGUUGACUACCUCAUGGCAACGGAUCUUGCGUCUCGGGGUCUAGAUAUCAAGGGAGUGGAGACCGUGGUCAACUAUGACAUGCCCGGCCAAAUGGCGCAAUACCUACAUCGUGUUGGACGAACAGCUCGUGCUGGCCGGAAGGGAAAAUCCGUGACGCUAGUAGGCGAAGCCGAUCGAAAGCUCCUCAAAGCGGCGAUCAAACAUGCAGCAGGUGAAGAUCAAGUGCGACAACGGGUUCUGGAUACGACAGUCGUUCAGAAGUAUGCGGAUAAACUGGAAGGGCUAAAGGGAGAAAUUGCAGAAGUCAUGCGGGAAGAGAAAGAGGAGAAACAGUUACGGCAAGCUGAAAUGGAGUUGACGAAGGGGGAGAAUAUGAUGAAGCACCAGGACGAAAUUUUCUCGAGGCCGGCGAGGACGUGGUUCCAGACGAAUAAGGAAAAGGAGAAGGCCAAAGAAAUCAGCAAGCAGUUACACGAGGGAAAGAGCGCCGCCAAGGGAAAGCAAUCGAAAGCCGACGAAUCCAAGCCCUCCCGAGACAAGUAUUCUGGAUUGUCGCGGAAGGCGAAAAGGCGGAAGAUGGCGAUGGAGGAAGACAAGGAAAGUGGCGUGCAAAAGUCUGUCAACGCCGCCAUUCGUUCCGCGAAGAAAGCCUCUCGGCUGUCAAAAAUUAGCAUGCUACCCAGCAAGGGAUCAUCGUCCAACGCUAAUUCGUCUGCAAAACCAAGGUCAUCGAGCAAAGCGAAAAGCAAUUUCGACACUGACCGUGGCUCUCGCUCAAAAAACCAGUCUUCUCCUUCCAAGCCCAAGUCUGCUUCAGGCGGCAAGGGGAGAAAGCCAAAAGGGCACAAGAAAAAGUAGGAGUAUGAUACCGCGGCCUCAUUGUUAGUUAUACAGUUGCGCCACCUAAUAUCAGAACACAUUCUCAAA